CUGACUAUAUAAAUUCGCAACCAAUAACCAACGCCCCACACUUGCGCUUUUCUCUAAACCCUAGACUUCGUCAUUUCAUCUACGAUUACCUGAUCGUCGUUGUGGAAGAUCUGAUCGUCGUCGAAGAAACAACAAUGGCGGAUGCAGAGACGUUUGCUUUCCAAGCCGAGAUCAACCAGUUGUUGAGUCUCAUCAUCAACACUUUCUACAGCAACAAAGAAAUUUUUCUCCGUGAGCUUGUUAGCAACGCCUCCGAUGCCUUGGAUAAAAUUCGUUUUGAGAGCUUGACUGAUAAGAGCAAGUUGGACUCUCAACCAGAGCUCUUCAUCCACAUUAUUCCUGACAAGACCAACAACACAUUGACCAUUAUUGACAGUGGUAUUGGGAUGACAAAAGCUGAUUUGGUUAAUAAUCUGGGUACCAUUGCUAGAUCUGGUACCAAGGAAUUCAUGGAAGCUCUUGCUGCUGGUGCUGAUGUUAGCAUGAUUGGACAAUUUGGUGUGGGUUUCUAUUCUGCCUACUUGGUUGCUGAGAAGGUUAUUGUCACAACAAAGCACAAUGAUGAUGAGCAGUAUGUGUGGGAGUCUCAAGCUGGUGGUUCAUUUACUAUUACCCGAGACAGUGGUGAGCCACUUGGUAGAGGGACAAAGAUUACCCUCUUUCUAAAGGAAGACCAGCUUGAGUAUCUUGAGGAGCGCAGACUCAAGGAUCUAAUCAAGAAGCACUCUGAGUUCAUUAGUUACCCAAUCUCUCUUUGGGUUGAGAAGACAACUGAGAAGGAGAUUUCUGAUGACGAGGAUGAGGAAGAGAAGAAAGAGGAAGAAGGCAAAGUUGAGGAGGUUGAUGAAGAGAAGGAGAAAGAAGAGAAGAAAAAGAAGAAGAUCAAGGAAGUGUCACAUGAGUGGUCGCUAAUGAACAAACAAAAACCCAUCUGGAUGAGGAAGCCAGAGGAGAUCACUAAAGAAGAGUAUGCAGCUUUCUACAAAAGUCUUACCAACGAUUGGGAGGAGCACUUGAAUGUGAAGCAUUUCUCAGUUGAAGGGCAGCUGGAAUUUAAGGCUGUUCUCUUUGUACCCAAGAGGGCACCUUUUGAUCUCUUUGACACAAAGAAGAAGCCCAACAACAUCAAACUCUAUGUCCGUCGUGUCUUCAUCAUGGACAACUGUGAGGAAAUCAUUCCCGAAUACCUUUCAUUUGUCAAGGGUAUUGUGGAUUCUGAGGAUCUUCCUCUAAACAUAUCGAGAGAAAUGCUGCAACAGAACAAGAUCCUGAAAGUUAUUCGCAAGAAUUUGGUGAAGAAAUGCAUUGAGCUCUUCCAGGAGAUUGCAGAGAACAAGGAAGACUACACAAAAUUCUACGAGGCUUUCUCCAAGAACCUAAAGCUUGGCAUCCACGAGGAUUCCACAAACAAAACCAAACUUGCUGAAUUGCUACGAUACCACUCCACCAAGAGCGGUGAUGAGAUGACUAGCUUGAAAGAUUACGUGACAAGGAUGAAGGAUGGGCAGAACGACAUCUAUUACAUCACCGGUGAAAGCAAGAAGGCUGUAGAGAACUCUCCAUUCCUUGAGAAGUUGAAGAAGAAGGGAUACGAGGUUUUGUACAUGGUUGACGCCAUUGAUGAGUAUGCUGUUGGACAGUUGAAGGAAUUUGAGGGAAAGAAGCUUGUUUCUGCCACCAAAGAAGGCUUGAAACUUGAAGAAACCGAGGACGAAAAGAAGAAGCAAGAAUCUCUGAAGGAGAAAUUUGAGGGCCUUUGCAAGGUGAUCAAGGACGUCCUUGGUGACAAAGUUGAGAAAGUGGUUGUUUCCGACCGUGUGGUGGACUCUCCUUGCUGUUUGGUUACAGGUGAAUACGGGUGGACCGCCAACAUGGAAAGGAUCAUGAAAGCUCAAGCUUUGAGGGACUCGAGCAUGGCUGGAUACAUGUCCAGCAAGAAGACCAUGGAGAUCAACCCCGAGAACCCGAUCAUGGAGGAGUUAAGAAAGAGAGCAGAUGCUGAUAAGAACGAUAAGUCAGUGAAAGACUUGGUUCUGUUGCUGUUCGAGACUUCAUUGUUGACAUCUGGAUUCAGCCUUGAUGAACCCAACACAUUCGGGAACAGGAUCCAUAGGAUGUUGAAGCUGGGACUGAGUAUCGAUGAAGAUGCUGGUGGCGAGGGUGAUGCUGACAUUCCAGCUCUUGAAGAGGCUGAUAUUGAUGCUGAAGGGAGCAAGAUGGAGGAAGUUGAUUAAGGAGAUGGAUGAUUCAUUUUGUUUUGGUUAGUUUUUAAUUAUUAUUAAUAUUUUGAUGAAGACAAUUCUAUGGAUGUUUUUGCAUAUUUUAAUAUCAUCGGUAUUUAAGUUGUUUUUGGCAUCAUCAGUUCACGUGUCGUACAAUCUUGGUAUAUGACACUCCACAUUUGUGCUAAAGUUGAUAUCCAUGGAAUGUUCUGGAUGGAGGAUCAUGUGGAAAUUUUUGC